UGCACGGCCCCCGUGUCUGAGAGAACCCGUCCGCUGCUCGUCGGAGCAUUCUCUAUUUUUCUCUGUUUAUAUACCUCGAGCUGUUGCGUUCGUAUCCCGUGUGUAUACCGGGAAUCUGAUAAGUGCCUUCAGACGACAGCUCCGCGAAGAGACUUUUUCAUUUAAGGGAAUUGGAACGUUCGCGGUCAGACGACGCCGAUCAGUAACCCUGUCAUCGAAUCACUGUGAAACACUGGAUCAGAGAAAUGGCGCGACAGCAGACGGCGGACCGGAACAUCCCCCAUUUAAGGGACAUCUUUGGUUUCGGGAGCAAAUGGGAGAACACCCGUCUGCAAGCGGAGGAGAAGGCCGCUGGUCACGACAGUGCCGUCUCCGUCGGCUCGACUUCCGGCGAGGAAGAGAGCCCGAAGAACAGCAAGAAGAAAAAGUCCCGUCGCCGUGAUAACAGUAAAACAUUGACUGAGAGCGACGUGAAACAUUUAGAGAGACAUUUGUCCAUGAAGAAGACUAUUCGGAAGAAGAUCAUGCGGGAUCUUCAGCAGGCAUUUGUCGAGGACCCGAAUGAAUUUCGUGUGGACGACAUACCGCCCGAGCAGCUCAAGGCGGAGAUCAAUAUUCAGAGCCUCAGCUUUGGGACACCGUCGCAGAAGCAGGGACGCACGCGUGGCAACGCCGAGAACACGUUCCUCGACAUGCUACGUGCUGGAGGUUUAGAGAAGAACGUGGUAGACGGUGACAGAGACUCUGGCCACGGUGGUUCGCCGAUUAGGGAGACACCGAGUGCCCAAGAUACGGAUGAGGAGUCCAGCUACCCCUUCGACACACCGGUUGCAACGCCGUCGAAGAAGAGUGGCAACUUCUGGAGACGUUUCACCAUGAAGAACCGUAAUAAACGGUAAACCGCCUGGCCGACGAAACAUACAUCUCCACGCGUCCUGAUAAUUUUUAUUCCCGUUUCCGUGAACUGUACCAACUUAGUUAUUCGA